AUGUCCGACACGGAAAUGCAAAUGGACACGACGGAGGAACAUCGUGAGGUCGAACACGAGGAGAGCAUUGAGCAGUCGAUGGAUCCAGCAAAGAUUCUACCAACACGCAUCCAUCCCAACAUGCCAAACCGUGCAUCUUUGCAUCAUUCACGGUCAAAAACACACAGCAACAAUGCCAAACCGCCGUCAGUCAAUGGCCACAAAACUUUGCCGCUAGACAAUCAUGCCAUUGUCGUCGGAAUCAGCGGUAGUUCGAUCAACUGGAGCGUAAAUUUCGAACAACUCAUGCCGUUGAUGUUCCAAUGUCUCCGCACGCUUGCUAUGAUCCCUGCAGGUGUCGAGACGCUGCACCUUCUCGCGCGUAUGUGCACCUCUCAAUCGAGUCCAGAUGGAAAUACUAGGUUGGACUAUAUGGCAGCCGCUGCUUGGUCCCUCCUAACCGCCUAUCAGGUGCUUGCAUUUACCACAGGCCUGCUAAAUAGGUAG